CAGCUUCGCGACGAACGAGAAGCUUGACAAGGCCAAUGAAGACGAGAAGGGCAGUACACCUGAGCCAGGUGUACUGACUUCUUCGCGAUCCACGGCCCGACCGACAUCAAGUACGAGUCAACGCGAUGGCCAAGACCUGCGCGGACGCACGUCCACCUCGACGCACCCAUGUCGAGCCCCUACUUGUCGGAUACCCGCCGCACGCACGAGGAACCGACCUCGCGCGCGCGCACGACCUCGACCGCCAAGACCGCCAAGCGGGUCGCCGAGCAAUCGACGAGGCACAGUACGCCCGAGUCGCCGGACGUACUGACCUCAUCGUACUCGAUGGCCGAGCUGGAAUCAAACCGCCUGGCGCUCAUCGCCCGAUACUCGUCAGCUAGCAAGUGGGCGAGUACAAGUACAAGUACAGCACAGACUGAGUCACCACGUCCGUCAGACAUGGUGGCCACGUCUUCCCGUACGCACACGGACCAGACAUCGCGUCCGAGGAGGAACAAUAUGUCCACGACGGGCAUACCGACCUCGUCGCACUCGACAGCAAGGCCGGCGACGUCGACAGAACGCUCACGUCCGCUGACGGAACGUGAACAACCUUCCGCGCGACCAGGCUAUCGCCGUAUCCACGAGGAUUCAACCUCGCGUGUACGCGACAAGACUGUCGCCUUCACCGAUUACCGGGGAGGUUCAGUCCAAAGGGGGGAAGGGAGCGGCACGGCAAAUCGUGACCGCUUGACUCGGACGAAUACCAGUACAUCGAGUCGCGAUGUACUGGGGUCGGAACGAGUAGACGAGACACAUGUGGUCUGGACAUCGAGCGCGAGGCUUGAUGUACAGACCCAUGUACCUGCGACGACAUUCUCGAAGCCGAGCAUGUCGCGUGGUAUCUUCGACAUGAUUGGUACCAUUCCAACAGCGGGCGCGCGCUCCGAGUAUAUUGAUGAUACUCGGUGGCCGACUGCUGAGCACCUGCGAGCCGAGUGUUUCAGUUUUGUGACCGACCGGUUCGAACUCAAGCUGGCUCAGGCUGCGAAGGCCGAGCAAGCUGGGGACUGGAAGGCAUGGGCUGAACUCAAGGUCAGCGGCCUCGACUGGGGAGAUGUCCUCAAUGACAUGUCUCCGCGACCGGAGUCGUACACCCGAGCGGCUCAGAGAGCCCGCGAUCACUUCCAACGGGCUGUGGAAGUGCGGCCGAUAGACUACGAACUAUCGUGGUCCGAGCCUCGGUUGCUACGACCACUCCGUGAAUGGGUCUAUGCUCAGCUCUGGGAUCAAUCAGUGCCCUUCGUAGCUACUUACCAACCAGCAGUCGAUGUUACUGCUGGUAGGUCAGUAUUCUAUGGCAUGGGUGGUGGAUUUGUCCCGACUUCGACUCGGAGUCAAUCAGAUGGUGAUGAGUCUUACGAUUCCACCCCUGACAUACCAUCUGACCACGAUGAUGUUGAGUCCGAGCACUCUCAGGCUUCGGAACAUGAUGGUGGUCCAGGUGAUGACGAGGUCGACUCAGUAGUAGUCUCUGAUGACUAUUAUGAGUCAGACUCGUAUGACCAUAGCUCACCUAUGGCCUCGUCUGCAUCUGGUGCUUCUGCAUAUUCUGCCGAAGACUAUGAUGACUAUGAUGACGAGGAUGGUGACUAUGAUGAUGAUGAUGGUGGUGACUACUACUCAGAGUAGUAGUCCGCUUUUUGAGGCUCUCCUGUAUGCCUGAACACAUUGUAUGUUCAGGUGCAGGCGAGUAGUACGCUGGCGCGAUGAUAUGUUUUCUUUUCUUUUAUGUUUCUUUCAUACCUGUUGCAGUAUGUUGUACCACAGAUGGUUGAACAUACUCAAUGCCCACGAGAUCAUGC